UGUCAAGUUUGGUCUCUCUCUCAUUCUUGUUAUUCCAGUUUGGUUGUUUUGUUUUAGAGAAGAGAAGAAACUUCUCAGAGAUUCAAUGGAGUAUGAAAGAAUACACAAAGUUCAGACUGGUAUGAUUUCUCCUAGUAAAUUGAGGAUGAAGCUUAUGGGGCCUCACCACAACAGAAAGAAAAGUGGAUCAAACAAUAACUCCUCAAGAACUUCACCUACUAAGCUUGGUGAUUCUGAGUUUGUUAAAAACAGCUUGUUGGACACCAUGAAUGGAGAUGAAGAAGUUUCACUGCCUAGCUUAGAUCUGCCUACAAAUUUGUCCAUUGAAGUAGCAUUGCCAAAAGAAAACGGUGAUGCCAGUCGUGCUAAAUUGCAGCAAUGUACAAAGGGUGACAGUGGUAAUUCGAGCACAGUUUACCCCCUGAGGAUAAUGGAAGAUGAGAAUCUUGACUAUGACAGUAAUGCCAGUUCAUCCAGUUUUGAGUUCCAUAAAGGGGAGAAAUCAGUGCAGAAGCACAUUUCCAGAGUACUCUCAAGAACUAUGCCAUCUAAGUGGAAUGAUGCUGAGAAAUGGAUACUGAAUAAGCAAAUUGUGCAAGCUAACUUUCCUAGGAAGAACGCUUUACAAAACCAAACCAAUCGAUUGCCAGUGGUCAAUAUGGGGAGGGUGGCUCCCGAAUCUGCUACUUAUGAUUACAAGCAAAAUGGCAGAGUGGCAGACACUAAGCGAGUUGAUUUCUGUCUACCGGCAUCGCAGAUUGGCUUUGAAAAGUUCCGUUUUGUUCCUUCUGAAUCUCACCCCAGUUCAGGUCAAGCUUGUGGAGGCAAUGCAUCUUCUCGAAGUACAGAUUUAAAGGAAGUUGAGGACAUGCCCUGCUCACAAAGUUCGGUUGAAGAGACUUCCACAGCCACUUCUGCCAUAAGAUCAGUCUCAAUGAGAGACAUGGGAACAGAAAUGACACCAGAAAUGACACCAAUCCCAAGUCAAGAGCCUUCAAGGACAUGUACUCCUUUAGGAGCAACAACUCCAAUCCGCAGCCCAACUUCCUCAAUCCCCUCAACUCCUCGAGGAGGUGCACCAGCUCCAACACCUACCACUGAUGAGGAAAUAUACAAACAACAUGGAAGGAACAAGAGAGAAUUGUCAGAAGAAGAACAGAAGCUCAAGACAAGGAGGGAGAUUGUAGAACUCGGUGUCCAGCUCGGUAAGAUGAACAUUGCUGCUUGGGCAAGUAAAGCUGAGGAGAAGACAGAAACUUGUGCUGAAACAGUUGAUAUGGCAGAACUUCAGCGGGUUGAAUUUGAAAAACGUGCAGAUGCCUGGGAGGAAGUUGAAAAAUCUAAACAUAUGGCGAGAUAUAAGCGUGAUGAAAUCCAAAUCCAAGCAUGGGAAAGUCAGCAGAAGGCAAAACUAGAAACCGAGAUGCGGCGAAUAGAGGCCCAAAUUGAACAAAUGAGAGCUCAAGCUCAAUCCAAGAUAAUGAGGAAGAUAGCAUUAGCAAGGCAAAGAUCUGAAGAAAAACGGGCAGCCGCUGAAGCCAGGAAAGCUCAGAAGGCAGAGAAGACUGCAGCUCAAGCAGAAUAUAUUCGCCAGACUGGACGUAUGCCACCUUCCCAUUACAUUUGUUGUGGAUGGUUGUCGUGAAAGAAUUCUACAGAAGCAAAUGCUUCAUACAUAGCUUCUCACAAGUAGCCUUGUGUAGUUAUUGGGAGUACACAUCAUGAUUCUCAACGAGUGUUGUGGUAUGCUAAUCAAUGUAUAUGUACGCAGCAACCACGGUGUGCUAGUUGCUACAUGAAGUGAUUUUCAUGUCAAUCUUAAGCAUCUCAAUCAUCUUCCGCCGCGGUUUGAAUCUCAACGAAUAUGUAGGUAGGAUUAGCUUUGGCAGUGUUUAGGUGUUUUUACUGAAUAACAACAUCCCGACGUUGAAUUACAAUU